AUGGACUCCCGGACCUGCCAGGACAGGCAGCCCAGUGACCACCCCAGCAGCACCAGCAGCAAUUGUAGCAGCAGCAAGAAUAAUUGUGAGCGGGAAAGGAUCCGAAGUCGGAUGAAAAUGGUGAUCGGGCAACUGGAAGGCAUCUUACAGGAGCUUAAGGAGGUGGCCAAGGAGCUCCGGGAGGUGGUGAGCCAGAUCGACCGCCUGACGUCCGACUUUGAGUUCGAGCUGGAGCCAGACGACUGGACCACGGCAACGGCCAGCAGCACCUCCAGCAGCGAGAAAGGGGGAGGCACCUUCGAGCUGGGCCCCCUGGAUUUCCCCACCUCUGACAUCCUCUCCGACAGCUGGGAAUUCUGCUCCUUCCUGGAUGCUUCCACCCCUUCUGACCCAGGCGAUGGUCCUGACCCGCCCCGACCACAGCCGCAACCCCCACCGCCUCACCAGCCCGAUUACCGGCUGAUGAAUGGGGGCAUCCCCAUCACCAAUGGUCCCCGGGGCGGCGGCACCCCGGACUCAUCCAGUGAGGAAGCUUUUAGCACCACAGCCGGCCAGAAGCUCCCGCAUCACGGCCGGCCGCAUCCCCGGCCGGCCGGCACGCGGGAACGGGUCCGAUUCAGCGACAAGGUGCUUUACCACGCUCUGUGCUGUGAUGAUGACCGGGAUGCUGACGACGCCGUGGCCCCCGGGAAUGACACCCCUGAGGAACCCGGGCGUAAGGUGCUGGCGGGGCCACCCUCGAAGCAUCCUUCCACCACUGGUGCUGGUGGACCCCCGGCACGGCGGCUGACGAGGAACAGCAGCACACAGACCGUAGCUGAUAAAAGCACCCAGACAGUGCUGCCUUAUAUCCCGGCCAAGCAGAAAAUUAAAAAUAAAAACUGA